CCUGAGUCAGUUAAAGCAUCUGCAUGAUCAAAAACGUCUUACUAUAUUAUAAUAUCCUUUUAUCACUUCGCAGUUCUUAAUAAUGACUUAUUCACGUACCAUUUGAAGUGUUCUUCCACUACAAAUAGUUUUUUCAAGCUAACCAUUUAGCACACUAAUUUCAACCGUGAUGGAUGUAAUACAAUCACUUGGAAACUUCAGCGAAAAGCUUUAUAGGGAGAUUUUGAAAAGAAACAAGGGUUAUUUGGAGAAUACAUUUCUCUCCCCUUUCAAUAUCUAUACUGCCCUCGGAAUGAUCCUCUGUGGAAGUGCAAACAAUACGAAUGCUGAGUUGAUAAAAGCGAUGCAGUUAUCUGAUUGCUUGGAACAGGAAAUAAUCCACAGCGCGAUUGGUGAACUUCUGGCUGAUCUUUCGAAGUCUGAUGAGAGUGUUGAGAUAAUCACUGGAAAUAGAAUCUAUGUAAAUGAAGAUGUGCAAAUUGAGAAACGAUUUAGAAAUAUCAUCAAGCAGCAUUACAAUGCACUGACUGAGCAUGUUGCGUUUCAUACAGAUCCUGAAUGUGCUCAAAACCGAAUUAAUCAGUGGGUUAGUGAACAGACCAACGGAACAAUCCAGGAACUGAUCCCACAUGUGGCUAUAUCGCAAGAAACGUCAGCUGUUGCGCUAUCCACUACAUACUUUAAAGGUUUAUGGGGUCCACAUUUCCGUAAGGAGGAUUCACACGACAGCGAUUUCUUCAAACUUGACGGAUCAACAAUGAACGUGAAGUUAAUGUAUAAUCUAUCCUGUUUCAGUAUGGUCAUCUUACCAGAUUUGGGAUCGCGAGCUAUCAAGAUACCGUUUAAAGAUCCGAAGUAAGCUUGAUUAUUAAUGUACCUGUUUUAAAAUGUUUGUUUAGACCUGACCAUGAAGGACUUAUGGUGUUCUAAUGCUUACAUCUUGUUGAAUGCAGUGUUUUGAUUGCAUAGUCUGAUAACUGGAUUACGAGCAACUCAAUGACAGAGAUGCAGCUUCAAAUAAUGCUAACCUAACUAAAGCUGACUGAAGUCAAAAAUAAAUGGAUAAUUUACAUCAUAUUCAACUUACGCAUGUUGCUCCUCAUGAAGGAGGAUAGGCCUCCCACCAUCAUUCUCUAUCCAACUCUGUCAUGGGCAAUCUUUUCCAGCUGCUAUUGAUCCUUCUGAUUUGUGAUUCCAAUUUUCGACUUAGUGCGUUCUUUGAUGUUGUGGAUGCAGAGGAAUAGACUAAUAAUUAUCAUGUUAAGUCCAAUGGUGUCCUUGGACUUUAAAUGGAUAUUUUCUAUUGGUCGAUAUCUGUUCACUUGUUGUAUAUUGUAUAAAAUGUUGUUUUCUAUUUUAUGGUACGAUGUGGUAUGCUUGAUUGGUAUAUAAACAAAGUAUGUUUGAAAUAUUAUGAUUCAUAU